GAAUUUUGUCAUUCCAAUUUUGGACCUUAAAGAGGGAAGACCUAUUUUUGAUUGAAAGUCAAAAUUUACAAAAAUUAAUAGAUUUUGACAAUUUAAUUGACAAAAAAAAAAGUAAUAAGGAUGUCUGAAAACGCGUUUGACGAUGAUAUUACAAUUGAAGGAGAUAAUGAAUCUUGCUCAGAUUUUGUAAGUGAUCAUGAACUUUUGUCUGGAAAUACUUCCGAAGAUAAUAAGAGCGUUUGUGGAGAUGAAACACCACUUAACGGUGGAAAUAAUCACUUAACAGAGGAAUUAGUCAGUUUGCUGCAAAGUGAUUUUAAUGAAGACUACACAAUUGAUCUUAAUAUUUCUAAUGACAGUGGAAUUGAUAUGUCGAUUUCAAUCAAAAGUUCCUCGACUGUUGAAGAUGUCAUCAAGACAGUAGAUAGUGAAUAUUAUGAUGACUAUGAUAUGGAGUAUGAGGGUCGAGUUUUAACACGAAACAUGACAUUACGUGAAGCAUAUAUACCUAAAAAGGGACAAGCUAAGAUAAUUGAAAAAAAGAAUACGAUUGUUAUCAAGGAAUCUCGCAAUGGUCGAAAAUUUCCUAUUGAUAUUCCACGAUCUGCAUCUGUCAAAGAUUUAAAGUAUAAAAUGCGAGAAACUUAUAUGCUUGAUUACGAAAAUCCACGCUUAAUUUUCGGCAAUAACGAAUUAAAUGAUUCAUGCUCACUUCGUCAAUACAAAAUUCAGAAUAAUUCGUCAUUGCUAGUUGCAAAUCGUUGCAAUGGAGGAUAAAUUUGCAUGAACAUUACAUAAUAAAAACUGUAAGACAAUGUAACUUUAUUAUCAUCACGAAAGAAAUACAUACAAGUUAAACUAGGUUUUAAAUAAAUAAAGAUUAACAUUGACAAACCUUCAAAUACCUUUGUUGCGCUUUAAUUCCCUUCAUU